AUGUCCGAACAACCUUCGGUCGAUGCCACUCCAUUCAUUUCAUUCACACCGAUGAUUCCAGGUUGUGAUAUCGCUUCUCUAUUGAAAGUGCGUAGCAGUUCAAUGUUACCAUCUAACACUACCACCUUAAUAAUAUUUUUAAUUAAUGGUGAUUAA